AUGCCGCCCACUGCAGGCGUAGUCGUGCACUCGCCACACGCGUAUCGCGCGUGGAUUCCUCCCCCCGCGGCAAUUACGCCGGUUACAGCCACCCACCCGCAGCAUUUCCACCCCUCGCGCGCGUAUUUCGAACCCCACGCGGAUACCUCGGCGGAACAGUUUGCGGAAGAGCGCGCGCUUGCGGAGGACCGCGCGCGAGCUGCGUCGAAAGUAGGCCAAUGGGUCGACGCGCAUUUCUCCGUUCCACCCACCGCACAUGACGGCUCCGGGCAUGGGACAGAGGGUUACCCAAUCCCGUGCGAGCCAGAAGUGGGGGAAGAAGGGGGAGAAAUGAACGGUGAAGAUGGGAGCAUAAACGGACGGCGGAGAUCGUCUUUGGAGGAAGAGGCGCUAGAACGGAAGCUGGCAGCCGUUGAGAUGGAGAACUGCGAGAUGACGGGGCGAGUGGCGGGUCUAGAAGCGAUGCUUCGAGAGCGCGAAAGGGAGACGGCGGACAUGCGACGGCAGAUAUUCGCAUACACGCAGGCGCUCGAAGCGGGUCGCGGCGACUCGUUGACGCGCGCGGAGCUGAUCAACCACGUGGUACAGCUGACCAAUCAGGUGCAAGAGCUUGCGCAGGAGCGCGAUGCGCUGCGCAACGCGCCCAACGGCAUCGCGCUCACUUACGGCCUUCGCGCGCCCGGCGCGCUUGGCGCAGGCGCUAGCGCGCUUACCGGCGCUCUUCCUACCGUUACCGCUACUGCUGCUCGUGCUGCUCCUGUUGCAGCUCUUCCUGCUCCUUCCGCUCCUACUGCUACUGCUAAUGCUGGCACUGGUCCUGGCGCCACACGUGCCCCUCCCGUUACUGCCACUGCUGCUCGUGUUAUCCCUGUUGCGGCUAUUCCUGCUCCUCCCGCUGCUUCAACUCCUUCCGCUCCUUUAGCUGCUCCUGCUCCUCCUCACUCUUCCAGCGUUCCUGAAAACGCGGUUCCGCAUGUGGCGGCAGCCAAUCAUCUACAAGCGUCCGCGUCUCGUGCCGCGUACCGCCCGCCGCCUUCCACGCUCGACGUCUCUAAGGACGUAAUUAAGAACCCGCUCGUACCGCCAGCCGCUUUCCACCCGGCGGGCGCGCGGAGCGGGGGAGCGGGCGGAGGAAGGGCGGGCGGAAUGGGCGGGAAUGGGGGAGUGGGGCCAAUGAAAGCGAUGCCUGCUAAUCCGUUUGAAAGGCCGAACGUGUCUCACUACAGUCAGGCCCUUGUAUCGUACAUCCCACCACCGCCAUCAGUGACAGCAGCAGCAGCAGCACCGCAAGCAGAGGAAUACCCUCCCAGCCGCCUAGCCCUAGCCCUUGCCCCCUCCGCCCCUCCCCCCAUCCAGCUCGUUCCCCCCAUGCCUGGCGCCAUGCCCGCUGCCCCCCUGCCGUUCAGAAGAUCAGCCAUUCAGGGGCUGACACGUGGCACCGUAACUGUCAGUGGCAGCAGCAGCAGUGGAAGUGGUUUUAGCGGAGGGAGUGGGGAACAGUGUGAGAAGGCUAUAAAACAGCUAGAGAUGCUGCUUAAAACGGGACGGGUUUCAAGGGCGGAUAUUCUGGCUGGUGUGCACGAGAAGUGUUCAGUGCUGCUGGAACAGAUUGUCCCUCCCUCUCGUUCCAAUUCCCUUGUACGCCUUAUAAGCAAGGGCAUAUCGCACGCUACAAGCACCACAACAUCUACACCUCCAACUGAGGACGCAUUCCAAUCCGACCCCUCCUCCUGUCUCAUUGGUUCGCUCCUCUCCGCUAUAGUCACACUCUCUUGGAGCCCCUCCUCAUGCUUCUUUGAUAUAAGCAUCAAGCCUGUAACAAACAUUACUGUACGCCGGCUGCUGCUUAUCGAUUUUCUGAACGCGGUGUUUUGGAGGGGAGGGAAGGCGUGCGUGGGUGCGGCUGUGGAGGGGUUGGGAGGGGUGCGGAGGGUUGACAAGUGGAUUGGCGUGCGGGAAGAGUCGCUGCCCUCCUCUCAGGAGCUUGCUGGCUGCAAGGUUUUGGUCAUGAUCAACACAAAAGCCGAAUCGUCGUCGUCGCAUCGUCGCCAUCAGCCAGUCGCCAUGGCGAAGCACAAGGCGUCGACGAGCCGCCUCAACAAGAUCGAGACCCGCAAAAAGGCGAAGCGCGAGAAGCGCAACGCCCGCGACCGCCGCCGCCGCGCGAUCUCCUUCGCAGUAGCCGCCGCGAAUCUCGGCGCGGAGGCGCAAGAUCUUCUUGUGCCGUCGAAGCAGCAGCAGGGAGCGCCGCCCGCGAAAGCCGUCCGGGAAGCUUCGAAGAAGCGGCGGAAGGCGAAGCCGGCGGGGCUGCAGAUCUACUGGCAUUUGGCCUCCGUGAGACGCGGGCCGCGAGAAACGGCGGCGGUAGCACUGGUUUCGGAGUUGACGACGGCGCAAAAGGCGUACCUCCGCGCGCAAGGAGGGGGGAAGAAGGGUGCUGGGAAGAAGGACGGGGGAAAUGUGAAAAACUCCAGCGGAAAUGGGACGACAGAGGGCUCAGGGCUUAAGAAGGGUUCAGAGGAUGAGAGUUCGGAAGAGGAGGGAAACGAGAGUGAGGAGGAAGAGGGGGCGAGUGACGAGGAGACAGAGGACGAAGAGGAGAGUGGGGAAGAGGACGAAGAGGAGGAGGAUGAAGAGGAUGAAAUGGAAGAAGAGGAGGAGGGCGAAGAGACGAAGGGUGUUUUAAAGCUGGAGGGGUGUUGCGACGAGAUUACGUACGCCGUGAAGAGGUUGAUCAGAGGCCUUGAGUCGUCCCGCGGGUCGUUCCGCGCAUUCGUUCCGCAGAGUCGCCCCGUGGCCCUUGACGCUUGCCUCUGCGCGCUGCUGUCCUCUCUGCGCCCUCACCCGCCCGCGAUCGCUGCUGCUAUUAAACUAUCCCGAUGUCUUUCCCCUCUCCACCCCUCUCCACCCCUGGCCCCCGCCUUCUUCCCCCUCCCCCCACCAGAGCGCAAGGCAGGUCUACUCGGUUGCUCUCGCUGCCUGCCUCCGCGCGCCGCUUUCGCUUAUACCACUCUGAUCUCCUUCCCUGCCCCUGCCCCUGCCCCUGCCCCCGUCCUCCCCCUCUCCUCCCCCACUCGCCCCCACCAGGGCGCAAGGCAAGGUUACUCCGUGGCCCUCGCCGCCUGCCUCCGCGCGCUGCCCUCUCUGCACUCACACCUGCCGGCCAUUGCGGCUGCUAUUCCGUUGCUCAUUCCUCUCCCCAACAACACCCGGGGAAAGGACGCCUCUGAAGCCCUCUUUGGUCGCAUGUUUGCCCUCGGCUCUCUCAUUCGGAGCGGCCUUCUUGCAUCCGCUUCCUCCCUUUCCUCCACAACCGAAAAGCCAGCAGCAGCGGCAGCAGGAGGGGGGGAGACGGGCUCCCCCCCUCCUCCGUCCCACGCAUCCUCGCCCUGCCACCCAUUUCCGCCUUCCUCUCUCAGGACCCCGCCCACUCCUCCCCCGAAGCUCUACACCCCGCGCUCAAGCUAUGGCAGCUUGGGGAGGCAGGGGAGGAGAGAGGGCAGGGAACGCCCAGCUGCCCUCGUCUUCCCUUCCACGCAUACUCGCCCUGCCACCCAUUACCGCCUUCCUCUCUCAAGACCCCUCCGACUUCCGGCCUCCUCCCUCCCGCGAAUCCUCGCCCUGCCACCCAUUACCGCUUUCCUCUCUCAAGACCCCUCCGAUUCUUCCCCCGAGGCCCUGCACCUGGCGCUCAAGCUGUGGCAGCUGGGGGAAGCAGGGGUAGGGGGAGGGGAGGGAGGAGAGGACGGAGGAGAGGAAGGAGAAAGAGGGGCAGGAAAAAAAUCGGGGAAAAAGGGGGCCAAAGGGCGGAAAUAUGCUGCUGGAGCAGGGGCGGAGACGGGCAGCGGAAACACAUUUCUGCGCACGCUGCUGGAGCUUUGCCCUCUGCUGCCGCAGUCCGGUCGGGCAGAAGAUUUUUUCAGCGCCGCCCAUCUGGAGAAGCUGCUGCCUGUGCUGCAAAAUAGUUCCUCCUCCCACCCACGCCUGCAUGCCGUGUGGGCGUUGCUUCUAGACCGCCUCUUCUCACUCCCCCUCCCCUCUCUCCCUCUCCCCUCUCUCUCUCCCCCCUCCUCCUCCUCCCCCUCUUCCCUGCUCGCGUCCCUCCCAUUUCUCUCCCCCGCUUUCUCCAAACCCUCCUCUUCCUCCUCCUCUCCCCUCCCCUCCUCAGCCCUUUCGACUUUCUGGUCUAUAAUAGUAGACAGGGGACUAAUCCCUUCCUCUCACGAAAGGAGGUAUUUGGCUAUUAAUCUCUUGCUGCUCCUAAUCCCGCGCCUCCCUCCCACCACCACGGCCCACGUCAUCCUCUCUCGACCAAUCACGCGCUGCUUAAUGGACGCGCUGGGGGCGGGGAGCAGGGCGCACCUGUUCCCGCUGAGUCAGCGCUGCGUCGCGCUGAUUCAGCGAUGGCCCACCUUGGGGGAAGUGGGGGAAGGAGGGGAAGGGGAGGGGGAGGAGGGGGAGGACGGGGGAGGGCGGGGAGAGGGAAUAGAGGGCAAGCAGGGGAAUGAAGGGAAGGAGGCGGAAGGGGGGAAAAUCAAGGCAGCAAAAUCAGCGGCAUCACCAGCAGCAGCGGCAGCAGCAGAAAUGGAAUCAGCAGCAGCAAGGCUUGCUAUCCUGACCACCCUGCAGCAGCACUCUAAAGGGCAGUUCGAUACAGUCACACGCAGCAAUGCUGUUCGCUUGCUUGCAGCGGGGAUUGCAGGGGUUGAGGGGGAGAGGGCGUAUUACGGGUUUCUGCAGUCUGUGUUUGCCCGCCCCGGGGAGUUUGUGGGUUUAGGGGGAGAGGUGAGGGAGACGGGGAGAGGCGGGGACGGGAGGGGAGGGAGAGGAGGGAAGGAGGGGAAGAAGGGGAAGGAAGGGAAGUGGGGGAGUGCGGUUGGGGAGGAGAAAGGAGGAGGGGAGAAGGAGUGGGAGCGAGAGGCAGAAGCGGAGAAAUGGCGGUUUUGGGCGCUGGAUCAGAUGUGUAGGCUGGUAUCAAAACCAGUUCCCAAACCGGCGCUUAGCCUAAGGAAAACGCUUAAGCAGCUGAAGAAGAAGAGUGUUUUGAACGCUGAUGCUGCUAAAACGGCGGAUGGUGCAGGAGAAGAGGAGGGGAAGGAAAGGGAGGGAGUGGAGGUGAGAGAAGAGGAGGAGAGGAGGAGGAGGGAAGCAGACGAGGCAGUGAAGGCAGUGUGGGAGCAUGUGACUCUAAGGAAGGUGAUUCUAGGAUUCAUUAUGAGAGUCAUAUUAAAGGGCGGCGAAAUUCAGGCUGAAAACGGUGGGGGGUUGGCGACAGUCGUAGGAGGAGAGGAGGAGGAGGAAACUCGGAGGAAGGGAAAGAAAGGGAAGAAAGGGAGCAAAGAGGGAAAGCGGAACGAGAAGCAGCAGGACGAGCAGGGGCAGCAGGGGCAGCAGGGGCGAGAGUCAGAGUCAGGGGCUCUCUCUUUUGAGUCGACUCAAAAGUCACGAGGGCUGGAGUCAGAGGCUCGGCCUCUCUCUUUCUCCCCUGUCGUGUCUGCAGGUGUGCUGGCUGCUUGCCGGUCCCGGUUCUUAUCCUCGUUAGAAGCUCUUUUCAAGCAGCUGGACUAUUUCGUUAAGAGCCCUGAGGGGAGAGAGGUGGAGAGGGCUUUGGGGGCCGGGAGAGAGGGGAGCGAAAGGGAGGGAGGGAAGGAAGGGAAGGAGGGGAAGGGCACUGAAGGCGUGAGUAUAAAGGGAACGGGAUUGUGGGUGGUCGAGCAGCUAGCAUGGGAGGGUGAGGGGUGGAUGGAAGGGAGGAGGAGAGCGGGUGUCGAGAAUGGAACGAUGGAGGUUGAUGGGAAAGAGGAGGGGAGUGAGAAAGAGGAGGAAGAAGGGGAGGAUGUGGAGGCAGUUGCAAGAGGGUUGAAAGAAACACUCAAGCUCGUUGCUCAAGCGAAAGAGGAGCGGGCUGAACUGGCUUUUGGGUCGACUCAACAGUCACUCAAGCUUGUCACUCAAGUGAAAGAGGAGGGCGCUGAAAGUGCCAACCAAGCGACCCUGCCAGUCCCUGCUUUUGCGUCUCCUCUGCUUGAAGCUCGGAGGAAGGCUGUUGGCGUGCUCCUAGGGACGCUCCUGCUCUGCAUUCGCAUCCAAACCUCCGCCGAAGCUGCUGCCGAAGCUGCCGCCGAGGCUGUUGCCGAGGCUGGUGCGGGUGGGGAUGGGGGGGUUCAGAAGGCGAAAGAGAGUGAAGGUAGUGGGGAUGAGGAUGAGGAGAAGGAGGAAGAGGAGGAGGAGGAGGAGGGUGCUGCUUCUCCUCCUGCUGGUGCUGCUGGUGCCGGUGGUGCUGUUGCCGGUGGUGGUGACGUGGAUGUUCUUCUGGAAGCUGCUGCUGACGUCACUGCCAUUGCGCGCCAGCUGGUGGCCUCUGGUUGGUUGAUUCCCAAGGGAGGGAAGGCUGGCGCGAAUGGAAGUUUGGGAGGGAAGGGGAGAGGAAAGAGGGUGGUAGAUGGUGAGGAGGACAGUGAGGAGAGUGAGGAGGAAGAGGAGGAGGAGGAGGAGGAGGAGGAGGAGGAGGAGGAGGAGGAGGAGGAGGAGGAGGAGGAAGAGGAGGAGGAGGAAAAGACAAAGGAUGUGAUGCUGUCAUUGGUGGAUGUAGUUUUGUCCUUACUGGCGCAGGAAUCCUCUCUUCUGAGAGGGGCGGCGGAGGGUGUCUUUAGCGCCUUCUGCAACGAUCUGACUGCCGAGGCCCUUGAGACUAUAAUGGAGGUGGUUGUAACGAAUCCUAGGAGCAAGAAGAGAGAGGAGGUGCUGGAAGGGGAGGAGGAGGAGGAAGAGGAAGAGGAGGAGAGUGGAGAGGAAGGGUCGGAAGGUGAAGAAGGCAGUGAAGAUGAGGAAGAGGAGGAGGAAGAGGAGGAGGACGACGAGGAGGACGCUGCGUUAAGAAAAGCUAUCAAGGAAGCGAACGAAAACAGCAUCGGUAACCCCAACGGCAGCAUGAGCGACAGUGACAAUGAGGAGUUGAUGGACGAUGCGGCCAUGUUCCAAAUCGACCAGCACCUGGCCGACAUUGUUCGGCAGAAAGUGGAGGCAGAGACUCGCCGCAAACGCCGGCAGAGCAUCUUGCUGGGAGAGCACUUCCGCCUGCGCGCCUUGUCGCUCCUUGACACGUGGCUCGCACACGCUCCCAGUGCUUACUCCCACGCACGCUCCCUCUCGUUUGAAGAGCCUCACUCGUUAGAAGGCAGGAAGCCUCUUUCGUGCGAUCCGCUGGUGCUUGCGGUGGUGCCGCGGCUGCUGAAGGCGGCAGCGGGGAACUAUGCGGCGAAGGGCAGCUUGAAGGGCGGGAAGGGCGGGGGAGGCGGCGAGGGGAGGGGGGGCACCGGGCAUGAUGCUGUGCUGGUGAGGGUUGAGAGGAUGCUGGAGAGGCGGGUGGUUGGUGCUGUGGUGGUUGUGGGGGGAGGAGCAGGGAAAGGAGGAGGGAAGGGAGGAGGGGGGAAGGGGGGAGGGAAGGGUGCUGCUGCUGGUCAGGAAGAGGAGGAAGAGGAGGGGGAGGAGGAGAUGAGGAGGAUAGCAAUCGAAAGGCAGCAGGAGCGGCAGCAGGAGAGAGAGGAUGAGGCUAUUCUGCUUGCCGCCCGGGCGGCCAUGCAGAAGUGUUUUGCAGAGGCCACCCGGCGAACCUCCAUCCGGCACCUGGCGCUCGUCGCGGGAGAUUGUGCCAUGUGGCUCUGCCACGUCAUCCAGGCGCGGCUCUUAGCUAAGUCCCAGCAGGAAGCGAUUUCUAAUCGCGAUCAGGAGAAAAACGCCAAGCCUCAGCAACAGCAGCAGCGGGGGAAGAAGCAGCAGGGGAAGCAGGGGAAUGCGUUCAAGGCAUCUUUGAUCGAUUCAUCCGUGCUAGACGCCUUUUCUUCGGCCAUUUCCCGAAUCCUUGAUUCUCGGGAUUGCCCUCUCCCUCUGACCUUUAUCCGCGACACUCUCGCUCGCUUUCCCGGAAUGUUUUCCGCUCUCAUUCCGUACUUUUUCAGAAAGUGUGGCUCGGGCAGGUCGGAGUUCGUCCGGGCAGCUGCGAUAAAACUCGUCACGCCGUUCCUGAACCGUUUUCCGCUGCCCGAGGGGGCCGCGGAGGUGCUAUCCGGGCAGGUAGAAAAGGGGGUGGUGGGGAAACUGCUGAUCGAAACCCUAAAGCAUGAGUAUGGGAAGUUAGAGCGGUGGGAGUUGGGACUUGAUUUCUGCUGUGCUCUGCUGCGGUCUGUAGGCCAUGCAGACGAGUUCCUAGCAGCAGCUGCUCUCAAGGCGGACGAAGAAUCUUCUAAGAAGGUUCCAAACGGCAGCGAGAGGGUUGGGAGUGAAGGCUCGGGUGCUCCUCCGAAGCUCCUCCAGGCCUUGGAUGUUGAGGGGCUGAAGGCAGCUUCGGCCGAACCUGCGUCGGUGCAGCGGGUAAAAGGGAAGGGGAGGACUGGGCAGGUGAUUGCACAGUUGCAGCGGCUGGUGGCAGCUGUAGAGGCUGUGAGGGAGGGGAGGGCGGGGAGUUUGCGAGAGGGAGUGAAUGUGGUUUUGGGGCGUGUGAAGGGAGGGAAGGGGACUGGGGCUGGAAUUGGUGUGAUGGUGUGUGUGAUGGAAAUGGUGUGA